AGACUCUCCCUAUGCUUCUUAUCCGUACAAUAGGUCGCUGUAUGCAUCUAGACCGCCAUCUGCCAUAUUUCUUACGCGGACGAGUUGUUACUGGAUUUGGACGAGGUGGCAAACAAUUAGGAUGCCCGACAGCAAAUAUUGAAGAGGCAGUGGUGGAAACCUUACCUGCUGAAUUUCCUUGCGGAGUAUUUUACGGACUGGCGCGGGUCGAUGGUGAACAGGUUGACAAGAUGGUGAUGAGCAUUGGUUGGAAUCCACAUUAUAAGAAUGAAAAGAAAACUUUGGAGGUACAUCUUCUGCGGCAGUUCGAAAACGAUUUUUAUGACUCAAUGAUGGAUGUUCUCAUACUCGGCUUUAUUCGCCCAAUGACGGCCUUCAAUAGCUUGGAUGAGCUCCGUGCAGCGAUAAGUUCCGAUAUAACCUUGGCCAAAGAAGAAUUGAAAAAAGUUGAUACAGAAAGUUUGAUACAGCAAUAUUUUCAAAGCUAACCAAUAUUCUAGUAUUCAUUUACAUCAUAUGUCAUCCGCAGACUUUGAUAUGUUGACAUUUCCGAGCAUAAUGAGACAUAACUGGUUGUGAUAGCAUCUUUUUAAUUUAUCUGUUUUUUUUUCACUUUUCUAAGUCGAUCUUUUUCCAAAUCGAUAACCUCUCAAGACAAAUCCUAUAAUAACUUUUAAUAAAUGCCAUUCGCUGUAAGAGCUUG